CACAACGCAUACAGACCGAACGCGUCCGCGCGCGUUUCUGUUGCGCGCUCCGCCCAUCGACGCGGUAACCUGCACGAGACGCCGGACGCGAUGCCACGCGCGCUGCCGCGGAACUAGGAGACACGCCGUGAGUGCGCGCGCCGCUCGGCAGGUGGCGCGGAGGUGCAGCGCUGCUUUUGGACCCACAGCCUUCGAGGACCCCUGGCUGUGCAAAAUGCCCCGUGGUGUGAUUCUGCAGCUGUGCCUGAUGGCGGGGGUCAGCCUAUGGACCAACGCCACGCCCCUCCCCCCACACAGUUCGGGGGUGCUGCCCCUUGCGGAGCAGCUCGGGCAAAGGAAGGCCAAAGAGUCUGUGCUGGAGCAACGGCCGACGGGGGGAGGUGAACCUGUCGCCACGCCCGCCACGCCCUUCACGCCAUCUAGCCCGGCAGCAGCCAGUGAGAUGGGGUCAAAUCCCACUAAUAGCUGGUCUCCUGAGUUACAAAUGAGUGAGCCACAAGGUUCAAGCUCAGGGGCAGGUGGCCUCGCUGGACGCCGUGGAGGAAGCGAGGCCCCACGCGUGUCUGUAAAGGUGAGCGCAUGGGGGGAUCGCGAGCAGGUAGCACAGGAAAUGGGCAAAGAAAACUCCAGAGGGGGUAAGUUGGAUGCUGCGGGACUCGGGUCCUCAACUGUAGCUACUUCGGGGUUCCAUGCUACAGAAGGGUAUCGACACAACUCGCCACCGGUAGCCGAGGACCAAAUGGCCCGAGGAGGGGUGCAUACAGCUGCACCGAGAACCACUAGCUCACCGCAGAUGAGACUGGCUGUGGUGAAAUACCCUGGGGAGCCCAGGAAAGUAGGAGGAGCCUCAGAGCAGGGUCAUGAACACCAGCUCCUCAGGCAGGAGGCGCCAGCACUAGAGAGGGACGAGAAGGGGGCCAGGGGUGCUGACGAAGUCCUCAUGGAGCCGCCCACUGCCCUCCUCGGGGAGGAACCCUGCGGUCAAACCGCUGGCACCGUGGAACCGAAGAAGGCGGGGCUCGGGGAGGACCUCGGCCCCCGAGGGUCUGCAGCGCUGGAGGACCUCCAGCUUCCUGGUGCACCAGGGGCCCCGGCGCCAUCGUACAGCUCUGCGCCGUCACACUUUGCGGCCAGCAGCGCACAUGCGGAGAGUGGCUUGGGAGACACGGGCCACAGCCUCGAACCCUUGCGCACAGGCCUCCCUUUGUCCCAGGAUGAAGCAGGGACUGUGGGUGGGAUGCCGCCUGGGGCCAUGCCCACCGCACCAGCGGGGGGCGCUGUGGCCGGGUCCCACGGAGCGUCUGCGUUGCAGGACGGGAACUGGAGCGCAUUGCCCGAGAAGGGAGCGGUCACCGCCGUCACCCUCCCCUUGUCGACGUCUCCUCCCAUGGGACCACCAAAGGAGGUGACGGCAGCUGUAGACGCUCCCACCUCCUCCUACUCCGCGAAGACUCAAGUCCCUCUUCUGACAGAGGGGCCUUCUGCGCCGUGGCAGACUUCUGGCACUGAGCUCUCAGACACAGUGAGCCUUUCUCAGCUGCAACCCCUCACAGCGCCCCCUCCGGGACCCCCGCUGGACUAUGGGAGCCUUGAAUCUGAGGAUCUUGGCGUGAUUAAGAGUCCACCUGGUGCUACAGAAACCUCUACAGUGGGCAGUGAUGCAGUAAGCGCUGCCAGUGUACCCUUCCGCACAAGCCCGACCGCAGUAACCAGCCUUUCCCUGCCCAAGUCCAAGUCAGGUCUGGAAGAGCUGGAGUCCGAAGAGGAGCACGACGAGGAUGACGAGGAUACAGAGGAGUCUGAGGAAGAGGAGAGCCAAGAGGACACGGAAGAGACCCCAACCCCUGCACCUCACGCCUACAGCCACGUCCCGUACCACCUUUACUCCAACUCGAUUUGGGUGCAGCGCCACCAGGGACUGGUGCGCAGCUGGGUGGAGAAGAUCCGAGACAAGGCAGGAUACGUGUCGGGGAUGUUGGCCCCCGUGGGCAUCGGCGUUGCGGGGGCCCUCUUCAUCCUGGGAGCUCUCUAUAGCAUCAAGGUGAUGCACCGCAAGAGGAGGAGCAGCUUCAAACACCAGAGGAGGAAGCACAGGGAGACGACCAGCAGGCAGGACCGAGUGAUGCUGCUGGCUGACAGCUCCGAGGAUGAGUUCUGAACCCUCCUGUCUGCACCCUGUCCAGCAAGAGCCAUGUCUUCAUUGCAGAGCCACUCCUCCCCUUUAAUAUACCCUCAUCUGGACACUAAACUGCAUGCCAGAAAAGGAAAAUGAAAGAAGGCGUAUUCCCCUGGAUUCAAGCCGCAUUGUGACCAGUGCCAGCAGUGGGCAGAGCCCCUCCAAAACGGUUUGUCAUAGCCAGCGAUAUUAAGCUGUCAAUGCGUCCCGCAGCAGCUAACUGACAGUUAUGGACCAAAUGCAUCAAUAUUAAUAUGCAGUGGAAUGAGUAAAGUGCUGCUGUGUUUCCACAACAAUACACACACACGGUCUGAAACCAUCUGUCCCGAGUGGGGUCGCGGUGAACCAGAGCCUAACCUGGCAAUACAGGGUGCAAGGUUGGAGGGGGAGGGGACGCACCCAGGACGGGAAGCCAGUCCAUCACAAUGCACCCCAAGCAGGACUCGAACCCCAGACCCGCCACGCCCCCUCCAUUAUAAUACCGUAUAGUGAAAUAAGCCUGGUAAUGACGUUUGUUGCGAAUGCUGUAGGUGCUGGACACCGGUUGUUUACGGACUCUCCCAGCUAGUAGGGUUGCACAAAGAAAAUGUAGAUAUUUAUCACAGCAGGUGGUGAGUUCUCAGCCUGGCUACUUAACAAUCACGCUUGUUUCUAGUAUAAUGGUGGGGGUCAUCAGUUUCCUUUUUUAAUGCCCAGAAUGUGCUUUUAUAGGCCGAAUUAACAAUUUCUUUUUGUCUCCUUCCCCGUCAUUUCCCAGCUACACAGGCUUUUAUUUUCCUCAUGUAUGCACACGCACACACAUUUUCUGAGCCGCUUGUCCCAUCCGAGGUCGUGGGGAACCGGAGCCUAC